AUGUCCAACCCGCAGCUUCUCGACAUUGAACCCGGUGGGGAGAACACGCAAUAUGAAUCUACGCAUACCUUCGUUGAGCCCCCAGAAAAGCAGACUGGCCAGCUAGGUGCCGGCGAGAAGCACACAAAAAGCCAAAUGAAAACUACGUUCGGAUCUGGUGGGCACAAAGACGAGGACUUGAAAAUGGCUCAUCAGCUGGAAACCGGUGAACCCGGAGGUGGUUUGCGAGGUGAAACGGAUAAAGAUCUGAAGCCCGAGAACCAAGCCCAAGAGGGUAAUGAUAGAGUAGCGGCGAAGACGAGAAGUCAACAGAGGUAUGGGCCCGGCUCAGGCAUUGGGGCUUAA